AUGGACCCGAACGAGCCAUAUUCCCCAACGACCCCUAGACCUGCUGCCACCACCGUCGCCAUGAAAACAGUCCUGUACUUGAUCAUCGCGUUUGUGAUAGCUCAGCUAGUUGGGGCUGUACUUUUUGGUUUAUAUCUUCACAUGAAGCUGGACAAGGUGGAAGAUGAGAUGAAUUUACGAGAAGAGUUCUUGUUCCUUAGAAGAUUGCAGAAAUGUCUGAAACCACGAGAUGCUGACACAACUUUGCUGGAUUGUACAGCAAUCUUAAACGUUUUCUCAGAUCUCCGGGACCAAACAAGUGUUGUUCCUGAAGAAAGUACCAUUGCCAUGCAAAAAGGGAAGAAGCCAACAGCGUCCAUUCACCUUGCAGGUUUCCGGGACAACUCUCAGCCAGCAUCAGUUUUGCAAUGGACUGAGGCACUAUAUGCACCGAGUGACAGCACAUUUUCCUACCAAGAUGGAAAGCUAAAAGUUGACAGAGGAGGACGAUACUACAUCUAUGCCCAAGUCACCUUUUGCGUGAAAUCUGAGCCACAUGAGCCAUUCACUGUGUACAUGUACCUGCAUCUGCCUUCUGAGAGAGACCAGCUACUGCUGAAAGGAAUGAGAACCCCUGGCUCUACAGAUAACGUAUGUAGCCUGCAGUCAGUUCAUCUUGGAAGAGUUGUCGAGCUCCAGCAAGGGCACACGGUCUUCAUCAAUGUGACAAACUCCUCCAGAGUGAACUACGAUCACGGAAACACAUACUUUGGCAUGUUUGAGAUCUCUGAGAAGAGCCCUUGA